CACGAGACGAGUAGCAGCAGCAGCAGUAGUAAAUUAGCAGCAGCAGCAGCAGAAGCAGCGGUUCGGAGGAGGAGGAGGAGGAGACGAGGAAGCGGACCCACAUUUGCUCCUCUCUCGAUCAGUCUCCCUUCCUCUGACUAAGAUCAGAACAAAACCCGAGCAAAGCAGACGAAAGCGGGCCUCCCCGCUCCUCUUUUCCUUUGUCGUCCCAUCUCCUUCGUCAGGAGACCGAGUGCGCUUCUCGAGAUCUGCGGUGGAGCAGCGCAGAUCCAGCUCGAUCCAGAGCGGAGCAUGUGAGGGGAAGCGGGGAGGAGGAGGUAUGGCGGGGAAUGGUGGAGGCGGAGGCAGCAGCUGGGCCGGGGGUGGUGGUGGUGGUGGUGGGGGGGCGGCGGCGUCCAUUAGCACGGCAGCGGCGGCCACGGCCAUUGGCUCCGUGGAGCCGAGGCUCCGUCCUCCGGAGAGGCGGAGUAGAUGGGGAGGCUGCUUUGGUGGGCUGUCCUGUUUUGGAUCACAAAAGAGAGGGAAACGAAUUGUUCCAGCAUCCCGCAUUCCAGAUGGAAAUGCAUCGAGCAGUCGUGCAAAUGGGCCCCAAUCUGCUGGAAUUUCUAAUGAAAAUACAACACUGAACCUAUCCAUUCUUGCUCCACCUUCAUCUCCAGCAUCUUUUACAAACUCUGCACUCCCAUCGACAGCUCAAUCACCCAAUUGUUUCUUGUCAAUAUCAGCAAACUCCCCUGGAGGACCAUCGUCAACCAUGUAUGCAACCGGGCCAUAUGCUCAUGAGACUCAAUUGGUCUCACCACCUGUGUUCUCUACCUUUACUACCGAACCAUCAACUGCUCCGCUAACCCCUCCACCUGAGCUUGCUCACCUUACAACUCCCUCAUCCCCGGAUGUGCCUUUUGCUCGUUUUCUGUCAUCAUCACUGGAUCUUAAAGGUGCUGGGAAAGAGAAUGGAGUGCAUUAUUUGUCAUCAAGUUAUGGGGUCGGAAGUGAUCUCCAGGCAACUUAUCCACUUUAUCCUGGCAGUCCUUCUAGUAGCCUUAUAUCACCUGCUUCAGGAACUCCGAGAACUGGGCUAUCUUCACCUUUUCCUGAGCAGGAUACUCCCGCACAGUGGGAUGCUUCUGCAUCUGCACAGGACUCUCCCUGUUCCAGGAGUGGGGCAUCAAAGCUGUUUGGGCUGAAUUCCUCUACAACCAGGAAUUUCAUUAUGUGUCCUGAUUCCAGCUUCUUUUACUCUGCAACAUCUGCGCAGUUUCAUUUGGACCAGGCACAACAAUCGUAUCCUCAUGCUGGAGGGAGGCUUAGUAUUUCCCGGGAAGCAGAUGUCUACUCCAAUGGUGGAAUUAGACAUAAUAAAACUUGCAAACAGGACGUGGAAGAGAUUGAAGCCUACAGAGCGUCCUUUGGAUUUAGUGCAGAUGAGAUCAUCACUACCCAGAACUACGUGGAGCUAUCUGAUCCUGUUGACGUGUCCUUUACCAUCACUCCAUUAGCAAAUGGUAAAACUGGAAUGGAGCAGUACUCUGCUAUUGAGUUUGAUGACAAAGGGAAAAAGGUGUCCGAUUUGCUGAAUCCUGUUAGUCCAAAGCAAAUGGCAGUUCAUCAUGCAGUUGCAGUUGAUGGCAAAUCUGAUCAGAACAACAUGCAUGCAGGUGCCGAACCAAAUAUUCAGUCUGAAGACACCUCUGCUGUAGCUGAUGCUAACCCUGACACAGAUGGUGGCGAGGACAGUGACUCGAGGGCCUCGGACCACCGGCUCGGCAAGCGAGCUCAGCCGAGACAGUCUUUCUCAGAUGCAGAAAUUGAUUAUCGAAGGGCAAGAAGCUUGAGAGAAGCCAAUGCCCAACUGGCCUGGCGGAAGACAUUGCCUUAGCUGACCUGCUUCCUUGCUAGUUAGGGAGGGAUGAUCAAACUUGGUAGUCAUGAACCUGUUAGGGCUGGCAUGGAAUAUGUUCUCUGUUGACUCUGUGCAUGGCGAUUAGUUACUGAUGAUGCAGGGCUAUGGUGGUGAUCGGUGAAUUCUACUUCUGAUUCCGAUCCUGUAGCUAUAGGUCUUAGCCUGUGAUGAUUAAGACACUAGUCCUGGUGAUUGUUGUAUAGAACUCUCUUGUGGGCUAUAUGCUAUUUAUGAGAUGUAGCUGUUGUUUUCA